UGGGCCUCGUCGUUCGUCUGCCCGAAAAGUCCCCCUCAUUCGAACGGCUCGGACGUGAACCACAUCGGCUGCAUUCCUGUGUCUUGAUCUAUCGCACCAUUUACCAUGACACUCUCGGACGUGGAGCAGUUAGCGAGAUGGCGAAGAUUAGGGGCGAGGCAUUCAGAAGAGGUAGUGGAUAUCGCUAUGAGGGUAUUGAAGAAAGGUGGACUCGGCGAGGAUCAAUGGGCUAUUCGGGAACAACUCGCCAUAGCUGCUUUAGACAUUGGAAGAAGUGAUGUUGCUCAGCGCCAAUUCGCCCGGAUGGCUAUCCGGUUCAAGGCUUCUCCUCGAGUUGACAUCCUUGUCGGACUACAACUAGAAGCAAGAGGAGAGUUUGAAAAGGCCAAAGAAGCAUACUCUGGUCUCCUCAAAGUCAGCGAGACGAAUAUUCCCGCUCACCAACGACUCAUCGCUCUCCAGCUGAACAACCCCUCUGCCGCCAUCACGAGCCUCUUAUCGUACCUCGAUAUCUUCUACUCUGAUCCGAAUGGAUGGUCUCUUCUUGCAGAACUCUAUGCGGAUCUGGGAUUGUACCCGCAAUCACUGACUGCUCUUGGACAUUUGCUGGUCAUUCAAGCAUGGGACAGUGCCGCCGUGUGCAGGGCAGGAGAGACCGCUUAUACGAUGGGAGAUUACCAGCUCGCGUUGAAGUACUUUCUCCGGGCGACUGAGAUGCAGACCGAUCCAAGCUCACCAGGCGCAAAGGAAGAAUCUUGCCGGACGAGGUCAUGGUGGGGUGUCAAGCUGUCUCUCCGCCGGCUGAUGAGCGACGCUGCGGCUGAAAAUGACACGUCUGUACCUGAAGAAAUGGCCACCAAGCCGACCCUAUUACAAGCUUUAGACGCUUUAGCCACGGAGAGAUUAUUAGCAGCGGAUGGAAAGGGUCUCAGCGCUCGUAGAGCUGUACUGUCUGCUUCUCAACCUGCCGCGAGGUAGAACAUGCAUACGUGCUCUAUG